GAGGAGUGGGGGAAGCGCCCAGGAGGGCGGGAGGCGCCGCGGCCCAGGCGCGAUGGCCUGAGUGCGGUAGACAUGACCCUACCUUCGUUGGCGUUCCUCGCUGGACCGCUCGGCCGGAGGUUUCCCUAAACCACCACCCCUUGCUGGGGCUGCCUUCAGUUUGGUCUACAAGUACUUGAACAUCCUGAAAGAUGGCAGAUAUUAGCCUCAAAGAAAUAACAUUAAUAGUAGGUGUGGUAACUGCCUGCUAUUGGAACAGUCUCCUUUGUGGUUUUGUUUUUGAUGAUGUUUCAGCAAUACUGGAUAAUAAAGACCUUCAUCCAUCUACACCUUUAAAAACCUUAUUUCAGAAUGACUUUUGGGGAACUCCUAUGUCUGAAGAAAGAAGCCAUAAGUCUUACAGGCCUUUAACAGUACUGACAUUUCGCUUAAAUUAUCUACUUAGUGAGCUAAAACCAAUGUCCUAUCAUCUCCUAAAUAUGGUUUUUCAUGCUGUUGUUAGUGUGGUCUUUCUGAAAGUGUGCAGACUCUUUUUGGAUAAGAAGAGCAGUGUGAUUUCUGCUUUGCUCUUUGCAGUGCACCCAGUACAUACAGAAGCAGUAACAGGUGUUGUAGGAAGAGCAGAACUUUUGUCAUCUAUCUUCUUUCUAGCUGCAUUUUUGUCAUAUACCAAAUCAAAGGGACCAGAUAAUUCCAUAGUAUGGACCCCAAUUGCAUUGACAGUGCUUUUAGUGGCUAUUGCAACAUUGUGUAAAGAACAAGGAAUAACGGUUGUGGGAAUUUGUUGUGUGUAUGAAGUGUUUGUUGCCCAGGGGUAUACUUUGCCAUUAUUAUGUAGUACUGCUGGACAAUUUCUCCGUGGAAAAGGUGGUAUUCCAUUCUCUAUGCUGCAAACAUUAAUAAAACUCAUUGUCCUGAUGUUCAGUACAUUAUUGCUUGUUGUGGUUAGAGUCCAGGUGAUUCAGUCCCAACUUCCAGUAUUUACAAGGUUUGAUAAUCCAGCUGCUGUAAGCCCAAGCCCUACAAGACAAUUAACUUUUAACUACCUCCUUCCUGUGAAUGCUUGGCUUCUAUUAAAUCCAUCAGAGCUUUGCUGUGACUGGACCAUGGGAACAAUACCACUGAUUGAAUCCUUUCUAGAUAUACGAAAUCUUGCCACAUUUACUUUCUUUAUUUUUCUGGGGGCUUUGGGAAUAUUCAGUGUCCGGUACCCUGGUGAUUCUUCCAAGACUGUAUUAAUGGCACUUUGUUUGAUGGCAUUACCAUUUAUUCCUGCAUCAAACCUUUUUUUUCCUGUUGGAUUUGUUGUUGCUGAGCGAGUACUGUAUGUUCCUAGCAUGGGGUUCUGUAUUUUGGUAGCUCAUGGAUGGCAAAAAAUUUCAAACAAAAGUGUAUUGAAAAAGCUAUCCUGGGUUUGUCUGUCCAUGGUGAUACUAACCCAUGCCUUAAAAACAUUACAUAGAAAUUGGGAUUGGGAGUCUGAAUAUACAUUGUUUAUGUCAGCCUUGAAGGUAAAUAAAAACAAUGCCAAGUUAUGGAAUAAUGUAGGUCAUGCUCUGGAAAAUGAGAAGAACUUUGAGAGAGCUUUGAAAUUCUUUUUGCAGGCUACUCAUGUUCAGCCAGAUGAUAUCGGUGCCCACAUGAAUGUAGGAAGAACAUACAAGAACUUAAAUAGAACUAGAGAAGCUGAAGAAUCCUACAUGUUGGCUAAGUCACUAAUGCCUCAGAUUAUUCCUGGUAAAAAGUAUGCAGCCAGAAUUGCCCCAAACCACCUGAAUGUUUACAUCAAUUUGGCCAACCUGAUCCGAGCAAAUGAAUCCCGCCUGGAAGAAGCAGACCAGCUGUACCGGCAAGCUAUCAGCAUGAGGCCGGACUUCAAGCAGGCUUACAUCAGCAGGGGAGAAUUGCUUUUAAAAAUGAAUAAACCUCUCAAAGCUAAGGAAGCAUAUCUCAAAGCACUGGAGCUGGACAGAAGUAAUGCAGACCUUUGGUACAACUUGGCAAUCGUUUAUAUUGAGCUGAAAGAACCAGCUGAAGCCCUAAAAAACUUUAAUCAUGCUUUAGAACUAAAUCCAAAGCAUAAGCUCGCACUGUUCAAUUCUGCUAUCUUAAUGCAGGAAUCAGGUGAGGUUAAACUAAGGCCUGAAGCUAGAAAACGACUUCUAAAUUAUGUAAAUGAAGAGCCACAAGAUGCAAAUGGCUAUUUCAACUUGGGAAUGCUUGCCAUGGAUGACAAGAAGGACUCAGAAGCGGAGAUGUGGAUGAAGAAAGCCAUAAAGUUACAAGCUGACUUCAGAAGUGCUUUAUUUAAUCUGGCUCUCUUAUAUUCUCAGACUGCAAAGGAAUUAAAGGCUUUGCCAGUUUUAGAAGAGCUGCUGAGAUACUACCCUGAUCAUAUCAAGGGUCUUAUUUUGAAAGGAGACAUUCUGAUGAAUCAAAAAAAAGAUAUACUUGGGGCAAAAAAGUGUUUUGAAAAGAUUCUGGAAAUGGAUCCAAGCAAUGUACAAGGAAAGCACAAUCUUUGUGUUGUGUAUUUUGAAGAGAAGGAUUUACUAAAAGCUGAAAGGUGUCUGGUAGAAACACUGGCAUUAGCACCCCAUGAGGAGUACAUUCAGCGCCAUUUGAGUAUAGUCAGGGAUAAAAUUUCCUCAUUGGGUAUUGUAGAGCAGCCAGUACUACCAGCUGCUGAGACUUCAGGUGAAGGAGAAACAAACACGAUCCCAGCGGAGAAUGAGAGAGAAAGCAGAAGUGAAUCCAGAUCAGCAGAAAUGAUAAAAACUGGUGAUCAUAAAAGUCAUUCUAAAUCCAGCAAGCAAUUAGCAAAAAACUCGGACAAAGAGGCUCCCCCGAAAACAACAAAAGACAUCAAAGAAAUUGAAAAGAAAAGAGUUGCUGCUUUAAAACGACUAGAAGAGAUUGAACGCAUUUUAAAUGGAGAAUAGCAUUAUCCUUUAUCAUGUAACAAUAAUAUCAAAGAACUUCUGUUACCAUGUCAUUGGUUAUACUGAAAAUUUGAAAAAUAUCAAGAAUAUGUAAUAGCUUAACAGAAGUUGCCUGUACCAAGUAGCAAAACAAGAUUUUUUUUUGAAGACCUGACUUACUCCAAAAUACACAUAUUGUUAAAAGAUACUACAGAAGCUUUUACUUUGGGUGAAUAGGGGGAAAAUUGAAAAUUCCAGGUGGCAGAGUUGAAACAGAAUAGUCUUUGUUAUUCUAAAUUAACAUACUCUGAGGCCUGGAGAACGCACCCUUCAGGACAAAACCAGUGUGUACUGAUUUAUUCUGUGAAUUCCUAUUUAUUAACCUACUUCAUUUUACUUUACCUCUUAGCAGUAGAUGAUACUUAUUUGAUACAUUGUUUUUGCUUAAACUAUAAUUCCUUGCUAAGGGAAUUUUUGCACUACACAGAAUACUGAUUUCUUUAUGUUGUAUUCUUGGGUUGAAAAUUUAAAGGAGUGGUGAGUGGAACAUUUAAAUCAUGAUAUGAUAGCUUAAUUAAGAAUUCAUUUCAUGCCGGGCGUGGUGGCGCACGCCUUUAAUCCCAGCACUCGGGAGGCAGAGGUAGGAGGAUUGCCAUGAGUUCAAGGUCACCCUGAGAUGACAGAGUUAAUUCCAG